UAUCCAAUAAAACUAUAUUGUUCUCCGAUAAUGCUAUUCCUUUUGUCUCAUCAGUGUCUACUGUUUCGACUUUGCAUUUCUUCUACUUUCUCUUGCUUUAUUUGCUGAGUGGAGUGUGAAGACUCGAAGCGCUGCACGUCGGUGCAGAGUUCUAUUUUGAAACCAGUCAAUCAGUCAGUAUGACCUUGACAACAUAGCUAAGUUAGAUUUGAGAAUUCCAUUGUAUAAUACUGAAGAGAUUGGAGGCCAAUAAAAAUGUCGGUUGCACCAGUUCACCAAGGUCCGUUUAUGAAAGAUCAAUUAGUUCAGUUACGAGCACAGAUCAAUGCAUUUAAACUACUUUCCAAAUCGCAACCAGUCCCAGAGACAUUAUUGUUGGCAGCUGAAGGCAGGCAAAUUCUAAGUCAUCCACCAAUGGUUUUGAGUGGAUCAUCAAGCUCUAAUAUACCUGGACAUCAAUGGUCUCAAUCCACAAUAACAUCAAUGCAUAAUCCACAAUUCCUUCCUGGACUUCCUCAACAAGCCACUAUUGCUCAAAAUGAAUUACAUCCAGUCAAUCCAAAUAUGUCAAUGCCUUCUCGUUUACGAGCUAGUGUACAACCGGGUGGUGGUGGUGGUGGUUUAGUUACAGCGCGUAUAACUCCAUCAGUUGGUUAUACACAAUCCUAUACACCUGUAUCAUCUACAAAUGCCAACUACCACCUACCGGCUACCACGGGUACAUUUGGAAGAAGUCGACUUACGCCUAUCCAACGUCCACAAGGUUUAGAUCCUGUGGAAUUAUUAAAAGAAAGAGAACAACGUAUUCAAUCACGUAUUGCCCAACGUAUUAAAGAAUUAAAUAAUCUAACUAUCUUUGCAACAUCAGAACAAAGAGUUUCCCUACUCAUUGAACUUCGCGCUUUACGUUUAUUAAAUUUUCAACGACAAUUACGACAAGAUAUUGUCUCGGCGAUGCGACGAGAUACAAGUCUUGAAACAGCGUUAAAUGUAAAAGCCUAUAGAAGACCUAAAAAGCAAACGCUAAGAGAGGCACGUUUCACUGAAAAGUUAGAGAAACAAAUGAAACAUGAACAAGAAAAAAGACGUCGUCAAAAACAUCAAGAAUUUUUAAAUGCUAUUCUCAGUCAUGGAAAAGAUUUUCGAGAGUUUCAUCGGAAUGUUAACAGUCGAAUGGCAAAAAUGAAUAAAGCUGUUCUCAGCUACAAGGCGAAUGCAGAACGUGAUAAAAGAAAAGAGCAGGAGCGAAUUGAUCGUGAACGUAUGCGACGUCUUAUGGCCGAGGAUGAAGAAGGCUAUCGAUGUCUUAUCGAUGCCAAGAAAGAUCAACGUUUGCAUCAUUUACUGACACAAACUGAUGAAUUUAUUAGCAAUCUAACAAAACUUGUCCGUGAACAUAAACGUGAACAAAGUAAGCAACGAUUUAGAGAGAGAUCAGAGAGGCGCAAACUUGCCCAGGAGUCGGCGCUACAAAAUGCUGUUGCAUAUUAUCGAAAGUUGGCCGAGGAUGUCAUCAAAUCUGGUGGACAACCGCCAAGUUAUCUGUCUACUCUUCCAUCGACAGAAAAGUUUCCUGAAGAACUGCAUCAGGUGAAUCGUGAUUGGUUAUCUGGAAAAAUGUUUUCAUCAUCAAGUGUACAACAGCUGCCUGAAGUACGCAUACCUAUGUACCAGACAACAACGAAAGAAAUUGUAGAAGGCGAUUCUGCACCAUUAGCUUCUGAAGUGUAUACCUGGCUGCAAGAACAUCAAGGCUGGGAGAUUCUUCCUACUGAUACUGAUGGUUCAGUGAUACAUGAUUUACUAGAAACAGAUGAAGAAUACCGGCGUAAGCGUAAAUUUGAAGAUGUUGAUGACGACGACGAUGAUGAUGAUGAUAAUAGUAUGGUACAUGUAGGCACAGAAGAUGAUGAGUAUAAUAAACGUGGUGAAUCUGGUGCUAAUGCCCCUCAAUCCUAUUAUACACUUGCACAUGCUGUACGUGAAGAAAUUAAAGAACAAGCCAGCAUACUUGUUCAUGGUCGAUUGAAAGAAUACCAGUUAAGAGGUCUUGAAUGGCUUGUCUCUCUGUACAAUAAUAAUUUGAAUGGUAUACUGGCCGAUGAAAUGGGUCUCGGUAAAACUAUACAGACUAUUGCUUUGAUAACCUAUUUAAUGGAGAAAAAACGUGUCAAUGGACCAUUUUUAAUUAUUGUACCACUUUCAGUCAUGUCAAAUUGGGCAAUGGAAUUUGAUCGAUGGGGACCAAGUGUUAAAAAGAUAUUGUAUAAAGGUUCACCUCAAGCACGUCGACUUCUGCAGACACAAAUAAAAGCUUCAAAAAUCAAUGUACUCUUAACAACCUAUGAAUAUAUUAUCAAGGAUAAAUCUGCUCUGUCAAAAGUAAAAUGGAAAUACAUGAUAAUUGAUGAAGGUCAUCGGAUGAAAAAUCAUCAUUGUAAAUUAACUCAAGUAUUGAACACAUAUUAUACAGCACCAUAUCGAUUAUUGCUUACUGGUACACCAUUACAGAAUAAGUUGCCAGAAUUAUGGGCACUACUGAAUUUCUUAUUACCAACAAUAUUUGAAAGUGUUAAUACUUUUGAACAAUGGUUCAAUGCUCCAUUUGCGGCAACUGGCGAAAAAGUUGAGUUAAAUCAAGAAGAAACCCUACUUAUUAUUCGUCGUCUGCACAAAGUAUUACGUCCAUUCUUAUUACGUCGUUUAAAACGUGAAGUCGAGUCACAAUUGCCUGAAAAGGUUGAAUAUGUGAUAAAAUGUGAAAUGUCAGAUUUACAACGAGUUCUGUAUUCACAUAUGCAAUCGAAAGGUGUUAUUCUAACAGAUGGAUCAGAGAAGGAUAAAAAAGGAAAAGGUGGUUGUCGAACCCUGAUGAAUACAAUUAUGCAAUUAAGAAAGAUAUGCAAUCAUCCAUUUAUGUUUACGCAUAUUGAAAUGGCAAUCGCUGAACAGAAUUUCUUAAAUUUACACAAUAACAAUCCACCGCCUAAUCUACCGAUACCAACACAAGUUGAAGGGAAAAUAUUAUAUCGUGUCUCGGGGAAAUUUGAAUUACUGGAUAGAAUUUUACCAAAAUUGAAAGCUUGUGGACAUCGUGUGCUGAUAUUUUGUCAAAUGACCAGUUUAAUGACAAUUAUGCAGGACUACUUUGAUUAUCGAAAUUUUCGUUACCUACGUCUUGAUGGUACUACACGUUCAGAAGAUCGUGGUGAAUUACUCGUCAAGUUUAAUGAUGCCUCUGAGGAUAUAUUCAUUUUCUUACUGUCAACACGUGCUGGUGGGCUGGGUCUUAAUCUUCAAGCUGCAGAUACAGUUAUUAUAUUUGAUUCUGACUGGAAUCCACACCAAGAUUUACAAGCACAGGAUCGUGCUCAUCGUAUUGGUCAACAAAAUGAGGUUCGAGUUCUACGUCUAAUUUCCAUAAAUUCAGUUGAGGAGAAAAUUUUGGCUGCAGCCCGUUUCAAGCUAGAUGUUGAUCAAAAAGUUAUUCAAGCUGGUAUGUUUGAUCAAAAAUCCACUGGAACAGAAAGACGUCAAUUUUUGCAAGCCCUCCUUGAACAAGAUGAGGAAGCUGAUGAAGAGGAAGAUGAAGCUCCCGACGAUGAGACAAUUAAUCAAAUGUUAGCUCGUAAUGAAGAAGAAUUUGAAAUCUAUCAACGAAUGGAUGCUGAACGUCAAUUCGCUGAAAGUCAACAAGCGAAACGUGAACCACGUUUAAUGGAGUAUUCAGAAUUACCAAAAUGGAUUGUACGCGAUGAUAUUGAGCUUGAACGAAGCUUAUUAUUAGAAGAAAGUGUAUUUGGAAUGAAACGUCAACGCAAAGAAGUUGAUUAUUCAGAUGCACUUACAGAACGACAAUUUCUCAAGGCAAUCGAUGAAGGUAGUCUGGAAGAGGCUGAAGAACGUCAACGUCAAAAACGUGCUGCGCGUAGAAAACGUAAACGCAUAGAUGAUUCAAGUUUCAUGGACGAUGGCAGUUCAGAGGCAGGCAGUCUUACUAUGGCUGCACCACAGGCAUCUAAACGUCGUCGUGGACGUCCACCGCAUGGAUCUUCUGCUGGUAGUAAUUCAAGAUCAUCAAUGCAUCAAUCAGUUUCUCCAAAACUUGCUAAAAAGUUACAACGUUUACUGGACAUCGUAAUCGAAUACAAGGAUAAAGAUCAACGAAUAUUAAGUGAACCAUUUAUGAAACUGCCAACAAGAAAAGAAUUGCCCGAUUAUUAUGAAGUCAUUAAAAAACCUGUAGAUUUUAAUCGGAUUAGACAACGUGUUAAAGACGGGAAAUAUCGUUCAGUUGAUGAAUUAGAAUCGGAUGUUUUAUUAUUGUGUAAAAAUGCUCAAACGUAUAAUAUGGAUGGAAGUUUAAUUUUCGAAGAUUCAGUGGUACUUCAAUCAGUAUGGACGAAUGCACGAGAAAGAUUAGAAGAAAUUGAAUCACGUCAACAGUCUGAUUCUCGUCAAUCAAGUCAUUACCACACCAACACCAGCAGCAACAACAACAACAACACUAACAGCAGCUCUUAUUCCAGUCAACAUCAUAGACACGUUACAAUACGUGAUGAUGAUGAAGAGGAGGACGGAGAAGAAGACCAAGAGGAUGAAGAAGAUGAACGCGAAGACGAUGAUGAUGAAGAUGAGCGUAGUGAAGCAUCAAAACACGCUCGUACAUCUAAUGAAGCAUGUUUUAAUACUACUACUACAACUACUGCUGGUCGUAAAGCCUCGACAACUGAUGCCACUGGAAGCAGUAGUACAGCAACAGGAAAUGGUCAACAAAAUAUCCAAGAUAAUUCUGUCAAUGGAGGUGAUAGUCUUGGUGGUUUAGAUGAUUUAGAUGAUGAUGAUGACGACGAAACAAUGGAUGAUCCUAUGGAAGAUGAUGAUAGUGCUAGUCGUAGUUCAUUUAACAGUAAAGCGGCAGCUAAACGUCGUGUAUCACGAAAGACGAUGUCAACGCCGGCAACAACAACAACCUAUUGUAUUUCACGUCAUAGUAGUACCAACAGUGGGUCAGUGUCUGUCAUCUCAAAAACUCAUCAUAUUCCACCACCCCAUUCGAAUAGUAGUCAUUCACGUGGUGUUAUAACAACAGCAUCCCAUCCUCCUGAAUCGUCAUCAUCAGUUAGUAGUAGUAGUGCAUCAACUACACUUGUCAAUACAUCCGGUGUUGAAAGUCGCAUAUCAUCACUACCGCCAAGAAGAGCUCGUACACACAAACGUCGUGUUGUAAUGGUUGAUGACAGUGAUGAUGAAGAAGACGACGACGUGGAUUCUGAUGCUGCUGCAGAUGAUGAUGAUCCUGAUGAUGAAGACUUCUAGGCCAUUAAAUUGUGAGGAAUGUGUUGGUACAGUGUGUUGUUGAACAGUUCGUUGUCUGUUUUAUUGCAUAUUAUGUAAUGUGUUGUUUUACAUACACGUUUCAAUCAUUCAGCUUUUCAGUCUUUUUCUUCAUCAAUAUAUAUAAAUACAACUUGAUUCUCGCCCCA